AUGGACCUAGACGGCGACAGGCCAAAACUACACCAUAAUGCAUAUACAGUGGGUUGGGUCUGUGCCCUCACCAAAGAAUUCACAGCGGCAUGUACAAUGCUAGACAAGUUCCACGAAGAUCUCGACACACCAGCCAGCGACGACAACAGCUACUUCCUCGGGAGCAUCGGUCCUCAUAACGUGGUCAUCGCCUGUUUGCCAGAAGGGUUAAUGGGUACCACCCCUGCCGCCACGGUCGCAGUUCGGAUGUUUUCCACCUUUACAAAAUUAAGGUUUUGUCUCCUGGUUGGGAUCGGAGGCGGGGUACCUAGUCCGGAGCAUGAUAUUAGACUAGGGGAUAUCGUAGUCAGUGUACCCGCGGGUCAACAUGGUGGUGUGGUACAAUGGGACUAUGGAAAAAGCGAAGAUGGAGGGAAAUUCCGACGUACGGGGACGCUGAAUAGACCGCCUGCUGUUCUAACCGGUGCUGUUGCAAAGCUUGAGACACUUCAUAACCUGGGGAGGAAGAAAUUCCCUAGAUAUUUAAAGGAGAUUCAAGAGAAAUUUCCCGAGGGCACUUUGGCAUCCUAUGCUCACGAAGCUUCGAUGGAAGAUACCUUAUUCGAGGCGAAUUACUCACACAUCCCCGGAAAUCCAUCGUGUGACCAAUGCGAUCCCUCCAAAGCGGUUAGAUAUAGAAAAAAUCGACCGGGCUCUGGUCUCAAUGUCGUCCAUCGAGGUGUGAUCGCAUCCGGAAACCAGGUUGUUAAGGAUGCGAUGAAAAGGGAGGAGAUUAGACAAUGUAUUGGCGAUAUUCUUUGCAUAGAAAUGGAAGCAGCAGGCUUGAUGGGUGAAUUUCCGUGCAUUGUUAUCAGAGGCAUUUGCGAUUAUUCCGACUCUCAUAAAAACAAAGGGUGGCAGGAGUUUGCGGCAGCGUCUGCCGCUGCUUAUGCUAAAGAGCUGCUUACUGUUAUAACGCGAGGCGAGACGGACAGCUUAACUGCGGCCAGUGAGAUAAUUAUUCAGAACCUCGAAAAAUGUGUCACGAAAGCCCAUCAGAAUAGCGAUGAAAUCAAGGCGCAAAAUUCGUGCUUACAAUCUCUCCGGACAACCACUUAUGAGAACUUCAAAGAUAUAAACCCCAAUUGCGCUCCAGGUACUUGUCAAUGGUUCCUACGACACAAACGGUACCAACAAUGGGUAAAUAGUAGAGAUUCCAGCCUGCUAUGGGUCACAGCCGAUCCCGGCUGCGGAAAAUCCGUGCUAUCAAGGAAACUGGUAGACGGCGAAUUGAGAAGUAAAGAGAAUCUCAAAUACGGCUAUUUCUUCUUCAAAAACCAAUAUAGGGAGCAACGAAGUCCGGAAAAUGCUCUCAGUGCCAUUUUACAUCAAAUUCUAUCCCAGGACAAAUCCUUGAUGAAGCAUGCCAUGCCCGAAUUCGCUAAGGACGGGGCGAAGCUACCUUCCUGUUUUCAAAGUAUGUGGAGGAUUCUGCUGAGAAUAGCUGCGGAUCCAAAUGCUGGGGAGAUCGUAUGCGUCCUGGAUGCUCUGGAUGAAUGUGAAGAAUCUGGCAAAGAGAAGUUGAUAACCCAUCUCAAGGAAUUUUAUAAUAGCAACGACCUCGUGCGCCGUACCAAACUGAAGUUUCUGGUUACAAGUCGGCCUUACAUCGAACUCGAAUGGCAAUUCAUGAGUUUCAAUCAAUACUCUACCGAAGUACGAUUAGCAGGAGAAAAUCAACUAGAAGCUCAGGCUAUUUCAGAGGAAAUUGGACUCGUUAUCGAAGAAAGAUUGAAGGAAGUCCGUAGCCACUUGCCUUCAGAUAACCCGGCUUUGUACGAGUACCUGAGGGAGUCGAUUUCCAAUAUUCCUCAUCGGACAUACCUAUGGGUAGCUCUCGUGUUCGAUUUCAUCUCCCAGUCAGUGAAAGUCGGCACUAAAACACAGCUACGCCAUCUAAUCGAUAAUAUUCCUCCAACGCUUGAUGCUGCCUAUGAGGCGAUUUUAAAUCGGAGCCCGAAUAAAGUCGAGGCCGAGUUGAUUCUCGAAUUGACUAUCGCUGCCACCAGGCCUCUAACCUUACGAGAAAUGAAUAUCGCCAUAGAACUCGAAUCUCAAGAAUCACAGGAACAACUUGAUUUGGAAUCAGACAGCUCGUUCACCCAACGGGUGAGAAACGUGUGCGGCCUCUUCGUCACGGUUAUAGACGAUAAAAUCUUUCUCAUCCAUCAAACAGCGAAAGAUUUCUUAUUGUCUAAUGCCGAUACUAGCACCGACAUAAAGAAUAAAGAUUGGAAGCACUCAAUCCACCCAGAACUUUCAAAUCUAGCCCUUGCCAGAAAAUGCAUAUCGUAUCUUCGAUUAUCAAACUUUGUUGACGACCCACUAGUCCUACCACCACUCAGCAGCGAUACUUUUCCUUUACAGGGCAUCCUCCAAGAAUACGCAACCAAAUAUCCGUUCCUGGAUUACGCCGCAAGAUUCUGGCCAUUUCACUUCAACAAAUCCAACAUUUCGGAUCCAGGAGAUCCAGUGUUAGAAGCCGCCAUUUCCCUGUGUAACCUCGAGUCCGAGGUAAAUUUAACAUGGUUCCAAGUUUAUUGGACGAUUGGGAUCAACCGAGCCGGCAGAUGCCAUCAAGAAUACACGAACUUCGAGUUAGUAAGUUUCCUCGGAUUAUCGACGUUGGUAAAACAGCUGUUAGGGAAUGGAAGCAACGAUAUCGAUGCAUCUGCUUCGGACACACUAGGGAUGACCCACCUGAUGAUAGCAGCCCAAGCAGGUAGCAUCGGAGUGAUUAAACUACUCCUUAGCCAACCCGGCGCCAAUCCUAAUUUUCGAAGCAAAAAGGACGGAUGUACAGCGCUCUACUGGGCAAUAAGAGUAGGAGGUCCGCAAGCAGCACAACUACUACUCGAAGAAGUUCCUGAUAUAGAAGUUAAUAUCAAAGACAUGAAAUUUAAUCGACCUUUGCUAUCAUGGGCAACGAUUAAAGAACAAGAGACGGUAGUGCGCUUGAUGCUACGUUCUAAAGAUAUUCAACCAGACGCUAUUUGUAACAGCGGUCGAACAGCUCUCUCAUGGGCGGCCGUAAGCGGGUACACGGAGAUUACUAAAAUGUUGUCGAGAAGAUCCGAUGUUGAUCUAAACGCAAAGGAUUCCUACCACGGCCGUACUCCCUUGAUAUGGGCUGCCGAGAAAGGACAUCUAGCGGUAGUCGAGGUACUACUCAAGAAUCCUCGAACAAAUCCAGACAUGAGAGACUCCAAAUACAACCGAGCCGCACUCUCAUGGGCGGCAGAAGGUGGCCACGAACAGAUAGUCAAAUCGCUCCUCCGGAAUAAAAAAGUCAACAUCAACUCUCAAUCAAAAAACGGAGAAACCGCACUGUCUUUCGCAAUAAGACAUGGCCGAACAGAUAUUAUGCAAUAUUUACUCCAAAACCAGGCAGAAGGUAUAGACCUCCAAGACACCGAGUUUGGAAGAACGCCACUAUCGUGGGCGGCAGGGCUGGGACAUGAACAUAUCGUGAGAAUCCUAUUAGAGCAUCACGAGGUGAACGUGGAAUCCAGGUGCAACAAAUAUGGAAGGACUCCACUCUUAUGGGCAGCCAUCGGCGGGCAUAAAACCAUCGUCGAACAGUUACUAACAGCCGGUAGAGCCAACCCUACGGCCAAAGACUCCAAAUCCGAGCAAACCGCAUUAUCCCUAGCAGCUGAAAUGGGACAUAUUGAGACUAUAAAAACGAUCCUAACAACAUCCCCAGAUACAGCUGCUAGCGCAAUCGAUAACCAAGGAUUCACCCCACUAAUGAGAGCAGCUAAUAGCGGCUACGGGAGCGUGGUAAAAUACCUACUCGACCAGACUCACAUUGACCCAAACGCAUACGAUCUCAGACACAAGCGCACCGCAUUAUGUUGGGCAGCUAUGAGAGGUCAUGCGGAAGUAGUUCAGAUUCUACUAGACCACGGCAGCUCCGAUGUUAGUCAUAGAUCCAAAUGUGGGAAGACAGCUCGAAUGCUGGCAAGUGAAUCAGGAUAUAAAAUUCUUUCGGAAGAUAUUGCUAGCUAUGAAUCUAUUCGGCAAGAUAGAGAUCCUCGACAAGGGCAGAAGAGACUCCGGGACUUGGAAGACAAUAAUACCCAAACUCUUGCAAAGCGGUUGCAUAUUUGA